AUGGCAGGCUUCCAACUACUCCUUCUUUUGGGGGCGGACACUUGAAGAUGGAAUUCUGUAUCGGUUGGGAACAUUUAAACCAUAUGGCAAGACUGUUCACAUGAACGAGAUACACAUAAUGGAUCAUCGACCUCUUCCGGAAAGAUUCGACUCUCGAGAGAAGUGGCCGGGAAUGAUUCAAGAAAUCAACGACCAAGGUGACUGUGGCUCCUCGUGGGCCUUCUCAACUGCAGCUCUAGCAUCUGAUCGAUGGAGUAUCCAGUCAAAAGGCCGAGUGACAGUAGCACUGUCACCUCAGCAGCUUAUCUCUUGUAACUCUAGAGGGCAAAAAGGGUGUAAAGGAGGGCACACAGACAGAGCCUGGUGGUUCAUGAGGAAGCAGGGGCUGACAUCAGAGCAGUGCUAUCCUUAUACAAGUGGACAGACUGGUCAGAAAGGCCAGUGUAGGAUUUCUUAUGGCCGACAUAGAAAUGGACUCGUCCAGUGCCCUUCAGGUACCCAGGAAGAACAUUACAAGACAACUCCACCUUAUCGGCUAAGCCAGUCAGUAAGGAGAUGUCUUAUUUAUAUCUUUU